UUCCUGAUUAGCUACAGAUUUAAGACGACAUAAUCAUCCUCUAUGUCACCUAGUGGAGGGAGAAGAGGGAGAAAGAGGCUAAGAGGUUCUAAAUCCCUUCUAACACUUGCUACUUCCUUCUCAGCAAGAUUAGAGCAGUCAACAGCUGUCUGCAUUUGUGUUCAGACCCAGCAGCCUAGUCUGGGCGGCCCAGAGCCUGAGGCCAGGACAUUCUGAGGGCCAUGUCUAGGACCCUCGGUCUGCGGUCCUCUGUAAGACAAUGCAGGGCACACGAUCCAUCCUCCUAGCAGCAGUGAGCAGGCCAGGGGCCCUACAAUUGCCAGGAGAGAAAAGCAAGGGAUCCACUUCCCACAGCCAUGCUGAAACAGAGUGAGAGGAGGCGGUCUUGGAGCUACAGGCCAUGGAAUACGCCCGAGUGUGAAGAGGCACCCAAUUCAGGAAACAGCCAACACCGCAGGAGCAUCUGCUCCUUGGGGGCCCGGUCAGGCUCCCAGGCCAGCAUCCCACCGUGGACCGAGGGCAACUAUAACUACUACUUUGAAGAGGAUGAGGAUGGGGAGGAGGAGGAGCAGUGGAAGGACAAUCUGGUGGAGGAGGACCAGCAGCCAGAGGAGGCUACCACCACCCAGACAGAAGUCCUUACGGAGAGCUCCAUGCUGAACGUGAACGUGGGUGGACAAAGCUACCGCCUGCACUACACCGAGCUGGCCUGCUACCCCAAGACACGCCUGGGCCGCCUGGCUACUUCCACCAGCCGCAGCCUCCAGCUGGGCCUCUGUGAUGCCUACGAGGAGCAGACAGACGAAUACUUCUUCGACCGUGACCCAGCCAUCUUCCAGCUUAUCUACAACUUCUACAUGUCUGGGGUGCUGCUGGUCCGUGAUGAGCUGUGCCCACGCAGUUUCCUGGAGGAGCUGGGUUACUGGGGCGUGCGGCUCAAGUACACACCCCGCUGCUGUCGCAUCUGCUUUGAGGAGCGGCGUGAUGAGCUAAGUGAGCAGCUUAAGAUCCAGCGUGAAUUGCGUGCCCAGGCGCAGGCCGAAGAGGCAGAGGAGCUCUUCCGAGACAUGCGCUUCUAUGGGCCGCAGAGGCAACGCCUCUGGAACCUCAUGGAGAAGCCCUUCUCAUCGGUGGCUGCCAAGGCCAUCGGGGUGGCCUCCAGCCUCUUUGUGCUCAUCUCCAUCGUGGCACUGGCACUCAACACGGUGGAGGAGAUGCACCAACAGGCGGAGCAGGGCGGCCGGUGGCCCAUCCUGGAGCAUGUGGAGAUGCUGUGUAUCGCCUUCUUCACGCUCGAGUUCCUGCUGCGGUUGGCCUCCACGCCCGACCUGCGGCGCUUUGCACGCAGCGCCCUCAACCUAGUAGACCUAGUGGCCAUCCUGCCGCUCUACCUACAGCUGCUACUGGAGUGCUUCAUGGGCGAGGACCAGCAACGUGGCAAGGGCUCCUCCAAGGAGCAUGACCUCGAGACCGUGGGCAAAGUGGGCCAGGUGCUGCGCAUCAUGCGCCUCAUGCGCAUCUUCCGCAUCCUCAAGUUGGCGCGCCACUCCACUGGGCUGCGCGCCUUUGGCUUCACACUGCGCCAGUGCUACCAGCAGGUGGGUUGCCUGCUACUCUUUAUCACCAUGGGCAUCUUUGCCUUCUCCGCUGCCGUCCACUCCGUGGAGCACGACAUGCCCGGCACCAACUUCACCAGCAUCCCCCAUGCCUGGUGGUGGGCCGCGUUCCUGGUGCAAAGCUUCAUCAAGUGACCAAACACAAGAUUUGAGCUGCUUGACAGUUACACAUUCAUGAUAUGGAUCAGUACAUUGAUUUUCCGGGCUAUGCACUGGGCUGAGAGAGAUCAACUAUCCUCUGGAUGAAGACAGAAUUAUGACUCAAAAUUUACAAAGCUGACAAUCAAUAAAUUUUCAUGACAUCACCAAGGUCAUGACUCCCCAGGGCCCACACUGGGCUACAAGCUGACCCUCCCCUACAGCUCUUCUGUCUUGCCUCAUUUCUCAAACUGCUAACUAUCAGAGUACCAAAUGUUAGGUCUACAUUUCUGCACUUAUUUAUAUUUUUUCUGCUAAGACUUAUUUUUGUUAAUGUAGGAGACUCUUAGAAUGAAAAGAUAGUUUGUACAGUUCCUUCCUCCUUCAGUAGUAGGAUAACCAUGUAUUUGUUUCUUGUUGCUGCUUUUUGGUUUUGGUAGUUUUGAUUCUCUUGACUCAACAGGUGACUUAUGACUUUGGUAAUUUACAGUCAAAAUCAAGAAUUACCAGACUCCAUUGUAUAGUGCUGGUUUUUUUUUUAAGCCAUCAGGGUGGGAUUACAUUGAGAACCAAAGAGGAAGAGGCUGAAGUUGGUGUUCUGAGUAAACAGGUGACACUGGCUUAGUCUGGUGGGGUGAUAACUUCCUGAGCCUGGGAAGAGAGUAAGAAUGCUGUUUCCAAAAGUCACCGCCUGUGCUGAGUCCCUGGGGGAGGAUGUCUGUGGGAGACCACGGCAUGUGGGCUCUAAGUGCUGCAGCUGGGAAGCAGCAUUCAAGGUCAGAGGGGAAGACUGCUUAGAGGGGCCCUGGGGGAGAGGAGAGCCCACUGGGUGGCAGAAGGCCAGUUCUACAGCACCACUGGCAAUGAUGGUGACUCCACAGGCCUGGGACCAGGCUCUGCUUACAGUCUAGCACCAGGUUUGUCAAGGACUCUUAUGUGAAUGCACGGGUUGGAGGCCACAGGGCCCUACUAAUGACUGAAAACUGACUUCUUACUUACUCUGAUGACAGGUUUAAUUCGUCUAGGAAAACAUUUUUCUUAAAAUGCUGCUCAAAUUUAUUUCCACCUUGCGGGAAAUAUCUAUGGAUGUGAACAAGAGCUGGAAGGGGCUGUUCAUUUGUUAUGACUGUAGAUGGUUUCCCCCUUUCCAGACUUGUUUUAAUAUUACUCAUUCCAUACCCUGUGUUUUUAUAAUCAUUUUUCUUCCUGACUAACAUUAUUCACAAAAUAAUAUUCACA